UGUGCGUUUACGUGGACAGUUGGAACACCACCGCCGCCAGCAACCCCGCCGGUUCCAACAACCCCUGGGAACAUUGAGUUCUCGUGCAACUUUGAUGAUGGAGGUUUGUGUGGAUUUUCUCAACCAACAAAUGACAAGUUUGACUGGACUGUUUGAUCAGGAAGUACAUCUUCGAUCGGGACUGGGCCAAGUGCAGAUGCCUCUGGAAAUGGAAAAUAUGUAUAUAUCGAAACGUCUUCUCCAAGAGUAUCAGGGGACAAUGCUAAGCUUAUAAAAAGCGGUUUGUCCUUCAGAACGAAGAAAUGUUUGUCGUUCUACUAUCACAUGUACGGAGAUUCCAUGGGAACAUUGAACGUGUUUGUGGGGCAACGCAAAAUAUUUACUAAGUCGGGUAACCAGGGAAAUCAGUGGAAAAAAGCAUCAGUCGAUGUAACUGACCCUAGUGCAUCAGAGUUGAUAUUUGAGGGCAUACGUGGAAGUAGUUACAGAGGAGAUGCUGCCAUUGACAACGUGGUGCUGAUGGAAUGUGGAAGCGGCGGAGGAGGAGGGGGCUGUGGAUCUCCACCCCCUCCAACAACGGCUGCACCCUUUCCAACAACGGCUGCACCCCCUCCAACAACGGCUGCACCUCCUCCAACAACGGCUGCACCCCCUCCCCCAUCUGUUAGUUGUGACUUUGAAUCAUCGAUGUGCAGCUUUGUACAGGGGACAAAUGACGAUUUCGAUUGGACACGUAAGAGUGGACCCACCCCAUCCAGGAAUACGGGGCCCAGCGGUGACCACACCAGCGGCAGUGGAUACUACAUAUACAUAGAGACAUCAAGUCCUCGAAGACGUGGAGAUUUAGCGAGCCUGGAAAGUCCUAAACUGCUCUUCAAUGGACGCAUGUGUCUUGAGUUUUAUUAUCAUAUGUAUGGCGCAGCUGUUGCAUCACUUGAAGUGUUCAUAGAUAAUAAACUUGUCUUCAAUGAAAGUGGGAACAAGGGCAAUCAGUGGCUUAAAGCAGAGGUUAAUGUCGAUCUCACGGGAAUGUACGAGAUUACAUUUAAAGCGAAAAGAGGCGACAGCUGGAAUGGUGAUAUCGCAAUUGAUGAUGUCACAUUUUCAUCGGGAGCUUGUGCCUCAGUAACUCCACCGCCUCCAACGCCUUCGCUUGUAACUCCACCGCCUCCAACGCCUUCGCUUGGUUCUUGCGGUAUCCGCCCACAAAGUAGGAUCGUUGGUGGUGUCGCUGCUAAACACGGUGACUGGCCAUGGCAGGUUCAGUUACGUACCACAAGUGGCUUUCCUUAUUGUGGAGGUUCCCUUGUCAGUCCCCAGUGGGUCGUUACGGCCACUCACUGUGUCAGCGGUAAAUCUCCAAGUUCCAUCAUCGUAAGAGCUGGUGCCCACAGACGUGUUAAUAAUAUUGGUUUUGAGCAGGACUUCAGAGUGAGCAAAGUGAUCACUCAUCCAUCUUAUCACAAGCCAACAAGAUAUGCUCACGACAUCGCUUUACUUAAAUUGCAAAAACCAGCUCAGCGUAACAGGUAUGUUAACCUGGUAUGUCUUCCUGAUGCCGUCGCCGAACCAACUGACGGUACCAGAUGCUGGAUCACGGGCUGGGGCCGACUUGCUUCUGGGGGUGCUACGCCUGACUAUCUUCAACAGGUUCAGGUUCCAGUGGUCAGUCGUGCUCGUUGUGAUAGAGCCUACCCAGGGAAGAUUCAUGACUCCAUGAUCUGUGCAGGUCUGGACCAAGGAGGAAUAGACUCCUGUCAGGGGGAUAGUGGGGGACCAAUGGUUUGUGAGACCAGAGGGAAGUACUAUCUGCAUGGCGCUACCAGCUGGGGUUAUGGAUGUGCUAGCCCUGGCAAGUUUGGUGUCUACGCUAAAGUGAAAAACCUGUUGAAAUGGCUCAACACUGAGAUGUCUAAGAACUAAUACAAGGAUAAGUUGACUGAUGGUGCAUAUUGGUGCUCUUUUAGUAGAGAAGGAAAAAGGGGAUAGAAUUGUGUAGUUACUGAGGGAAAAUAAAGGCAUUCAAAAAGAAUCA